GUGUGACCGAAUUGAGCAACACUUUCAACCCAAUUGGCGUUAUCUGUCUGCGCUGGAUGGGUGCCGUAGCCAUCUUGGCUCAAGGGUCCAGGGCCACCAGGUCACAGCCAAUCUCCGCACUGUACUUUUACAUCUUCCUUCACCUUAUCAACCCUCUCAUCUCCGCAGCAAUCAGGCGUGUCGCUGAACACGAGACAUGGAUGGUGGAGGCACGCACGUUUCGAUGCCCACGGCUCUCGCCUUGAACACGUCGAACAUUUACUUGCGUUUCAUCAGUUUUUUUAUUUGUUGGUUGAUGGAGUUGAAGUGGUUUUGUGAGCGGGGCAGCCGUAAGACAGUGCGUGAGAGUACGGACAGGACGGAGUCGGAGGCAUUGGUCCAGAGGUUUACCAAUAUUCUUCCGAUUUCCAUUGCAACCAUGCUUAGUCCCGGUCACCUUCAAGGCUUCCGUCGCCAUAAAUUCAGUCCUGAGGUUACGCCAGGUUUCAUCGAUGAUUCCUCUUCCGUAAGCAAGGACGUCGUGACGGAUCCGUCUCGUCACCACAAUGGCAAGGUAGUCUACACAACGGUGCAGCGGCCGCCCAGCGCAGAGAAGAUUUUUGCGGCAUGGGGUAAAGCACUGGCAAUUCUUCGUCAUUCAUUAUCUUCCGCAGGGUGUUCGGCAGAGUGCACGUGGGAGCCCGACUGGCAGUUCACCGUGACGAGCGGGCAGGUGUUGGCAACUGUGGGCACGGUCGAUGCCUCCGUGGCCAUUUGGUGGGACAGCGCGACCUGCUGGCAGCACCUGGGCAAGCCUGCGGCGGAAGUACAACGUGCGUUCCUCGUGUUCACAGAUUGACGAGGUGCUGGGGUACACAGCUCUGGUUCAGUCGCUGUUAGUUUUUGGAACACUUUAAGGGGCGCCCUGGGAAUGCCAAGAUCACCAAGGCUUUCUGGGACCUCAUGGGCGAGUCCGCAGUCAUAUUGCAAGGAAUUCUUUCGUGGGGCCCUAGUGCAGGCUUCGUCUACCACGGUCAUGUUGCUCUUAGCCGGGAAGUUUUGGACUGUGGCUUCCUUAUUCAUGGAUUUUGGGUGCCGGCAAUCAGAUUUGAAUGUGCUGCCUUUAUUGGGCAGCGUGCGUGGUGGGCACACAAUAAAUGUUCAUAUCCGUGCAUAUUUUGGACCAUUUGGAGGGGGCUUGGCGUGCGUGUUUCUGGCGCACCUUUUUUGGAGGACAUGUUGAGAUAAUAGUGGGUGUUGAUGCGACCGUUUUUUCCUCGCAUGCUAUGAAGCUGUCAUUGGCCACCUUGUCUUCAUCUCCGGAGUGCGAUGCGCGAACCAUGGCACGCACUGUAUCAAAUUUGUUGGGUACUGUUGGGGUGAGGGCGUUGAACGCCUUCGGUGGGCCUGGCGUGGCUGACACUUUCGAGGAUUGGAUUUCCCUCUGGCCAUGUCCCAGGAGGAGGACGAUCGCAAACAGGGCCCACAUCGAUUUGGUCGCUGUAUCGGCGUACGUCUGCGGGCAGGUUUUUUCCCGAAGGAUUCGACACCAGACUGCUCUGUGCUUGUGGUCAUCAGCCUUUUCUCGGACUGCUGCAGGGAGUGGAUUGGCAGACGUCUUACGUUACGACGGUUCCGCCGACUAAAAGUGCAUGAUUGCAUGAUUGGUCGGGUCCCCAAGUGCCUCUCUGAGCGCAGAAUUCGAGGCUGGCUCCUCGCGGGAACUCUCCAGGCCUCGGUGUCCCGGAUUGCCUCCGGGACCCCCAUGCCACGAUCCAGCAAUGUCGCAGGAG